CUAGUGAACUGUGAAAGAGUGUAGUAGUAGUAGUAGUAGUAGUAUCUUUAUUCAUUUCAUUUUAAAAAAUAAAUCGUACUUCGAAUAUUAGAUUAUGAAAUAAGAUAUACGGCUUUGACUUAGUGUCGUCAGCCGGUAAAUUUAAUACAAACAUUUGAGAUUUGCAUCAGCAAAAAAUACUCUGUAUACGACGAGAGCACAAGCACUGCAACAACGACCAGUAACAACAUGGAAGUAUUGGGUGAUCUAUUGGAGCCGUACAGCGAUGAAAUUGCAAAAUUUGCCGGGUCCAUAACAUGUCUGCAAUUUUUGUCCGGUGUUUUUCUUAUGAACGAUAUACGCAAAAAGGGCAGCAGUGAUGCAUAUCCCCCGGAUCCGUUCAUUGGUGGUGUUGUUUUAACAAUCCUCAGUUUAAAACUUGGAACACUAAUGGGCGAUGAGGCCAUGAUUAAAGUCAAUGUCAUUGGUUUUGCCAUUAAUGUUGUUUUCAUGGUUAUCUUCUAUUGGUAUGCAUCGGGACCGUUUAAAUCAAAAAUCUGGUCGAAAAUCGGCAUUGCAAGUACAUUUACAAUGGCCUGUUUGGCCUAUUCCAAUUUCGAGGAUCCUGCCAAAAUUGAGUUCCGUUUUGGAAUGCUGAUUACAGCAAUACUGGUUAUACUUGUGGGUAUGCCUCUACUUAGUCUUGGUGAAAUUAUCGAGAAAAAGAGUACCGAAGGUUUACCAUUCCCACUGAUUUUGUCUGGUACAAUAGUGGCAGCAGCAUGGGCAGCGUAUGGCAUAUCGAUAAGGAAUGAUGUUGUUACGUAUCAAAAUCUAUUUUUGCUUCUCCUAAGUUCAAUACAACUUUCGCUGUUCGCCAUAUAUCCAAACAAUCCCAGCAGUGCCAGUCCAAAGGAAAAGGAUAGCCCUCCAUAUAGUAAAUUACAAUCAGAUAGUCCAUCCAAGUCGAAAACAAAUAAGAAACGCGAUUAAUGGCACACACAAAGCAUCACGCGCGCAAAUUAUAAAGGCUUACUCGCUUGGCUAAGUGCAAACCCAUUGACUUUCAUUCAGGUUAGAGAAGCAACUAACUGAAAAAGCUCGUGACAUGCAUGCAGCAGAAUAAAAAGCUUUAAACGCAAUACUUAUGGCACCUACACAUACAUCUAACAUUUGAAAUCAGCUGUGCAAAACUUUUUGACAAUAAUUAAAAUCUUCCAAUAACGUAUAACGAUAAA